CGAUACUUCGCUAUAGCGCAUGCAUGAUCACCGUGAAACCUGGGAGAGCUACGCUCAUCUUUCUGCUAAGGUUUUGUGUUCUUCUUUCUCUGGCCUAAGGAACUCUCAACAGAUUUUCAACUGCAAGUACCUAUUGCAAUGAGUGCGGGUAUGCGCAGGGUGUGUUUUGCCUUGGUGGUGGGCGUCUGUAUCGGUCUCAUGCCUUCCUUGGUCAACUACAUGAGCGUGGACAACAAGGAAACCUCGGAUCGUCAUGUCUACCUCAGCGCAAAAGAGGUUGCCUCCCUUUACGGCCGGGGUAGCGUGCAGGCUGCAUCCAGGGUACAGGCCCUCAAAGCUCCGUCAAGCGAAGUCGGCAAUCCCGCAGGUUCGCGAAAAAUUCUCCUGGACUGCGGAGCCAACGUGGCCUCAACGGUGCAGCUGUUCCGAGAGACCUACCCCAAUGGUCACGAGUACAUUAUUCACUCCUUCGAGAUAGACGACCGACUAGCGCCGUACUUCAAACCAUACAGGAAUCAUCAUUUGCACUGUCCGGUGGGCGUGGCUGGAAAAGACGGGAAUAUGACAGCUUACUCCGAGGCAGCUUGGGGCCCAGACAAGGGACUGAAUAACGGCAAAGACAUGCAGUGGGGCGGUGGUUCACUCUUUGUCUCCAACCAUGAAAAAGCAGACGCAAAAACAGGUGGUGUUCGCAAGCUGUCUUACCGCAAGCUGAUCCCAACGGUAGACCUGGCCAGAUGGAUCAAGGAUACUUUUACUCUAGAAGAUUACAUCAUUCUCAAGCUGGAUGUUGAAGGGGCUGAGUACGAUAUACUCCGCAACAUGGUGGACCACGGCGCAUUUGAUUACAUUGACAAGUAUUACGGGGAAUAUCACGACAGCCAGCCCACGGGCUGGAGCAAAGCCGACAAAGUCAAGUUGAGGGAGGACAUCAAGAACGCAGGUUUCACCAUGAUUGACUGGGUGGGAGAGCGGAGAACCUAUACAGACUUUGAAAGCAUACACACUGUCAAGGUACCAGCUGGCACUCCAGGCACAGCAGGUCAAAUUUAUUCAAGAUGCAAGGAGGGCCAAGUCGCCCUAGUGGUUGCCGUGGGGAUGAACCUAAAGCGCGCCCACAAGGUGGUCGCCACGCUGGCCGGGUACCAGCCGGCCCUCCCCAUCACCCUGUUUUUGUACGGCGACUUUGUGGAGCAGCAUCCGGAGACAGUGAAGGCGUGGUCAGAGCGGUUUCAGAUCGGGAUCCGGGAGGAUGGGCCCAGCCCGCCAGGUCACUUGGAGCUCAUGCCGUGGGAGUGGCAUAGGAUGGGCUUGGUCAGCGCUAUUUUGAGGCUUGAAGAGAUUGGCAUCUCCACAGCUUACUACCUGCCGACAGUCCAGGGUACCAUCGACGCCAAGUUUAGCACCACGGCUGGUUCCCGGGGUUUACGGGUGAUCCAACCUUCUGUAGAGUUCCCUGCAAAGUCUGGAUCUAACAAGUUGACGUUUGAAAAUUACUACAAGUAUCGGGACGUGGAGCGGGUCCCGAAAGCCCUGCGUGGGAUUCACGAGGGUCUGGUACAGAACAAGGGGGGAAUCUUGAGUCUGGACACGGACCUACCAGACACCUAUAUGAACUCUGUAUUCCUGAUGGACUACUUAGUGGAAAACUCCGGAUUCAAGCUGGUGUAUUUACCGGAAUGCAUUGCCGGCUAGGAGUAAAAAAAACAAAAUUAUAUUUGUUGUUUUUGCCUUUUCAUCCAUUUGUUGAAUCCGUUUUUUUUUAAUAUGGCAGUUUACAGUAGGUGUUUGAAUGCUUGAAAGGUCAGCAGAUUUGUUGAUGAUUCUAAGAUCAAAGGAUGAGCCUGAACACUGUUUUGCACACGUGUGCUUUUUGAAAAUGAUCUGCUCCGUAUAGUAUUUUCGCAUAUAUACCAAAGCAUGUCCACAUUGUGCAAUCUUGUGGAAUGUGGAAUUUUUUUUGUAUUCCAUCUGGUUUGAA